AGAUGAGGUGGAGGACCAUCUUACUACAAUAUUGUUUUCUCUUGGUUUCCUGUCUACUUACUGCUCUUGAAGCUGUGCCUAUAGACAUAGACAAGACAAAAGUAAAAAAUAUUCAACCUGUGGACAGCGCAAAGAUAGAACCACCAGAUACUGGACUUUAUUAUGACGAAUAUCUUAAGCAAGUGAUUGAUGUGCUGGAAACAGAUAAUCAUUUCAGAGAAAAGCUCCAGAAAGCAGACAUAGAGGAAAUAAAGAGUGGGAGGCUAAGCAAAGAACUGGAUUUAGUAAGUCACCAUGUGAGGACAAAACUUGAUGAACUGAAAAGGCAAGAAGUGGCAAGGUUAAGAAUGCUAAUUAAAGCUAAAUUGGAUUCCCUUCAAGAAUUUAAAAGAGGAGUCCAGUGUUUUCUGGACCUUUUAUACUACCUUCUAUUAGAAUAUGCUGCCACAAGUGACCUGGAACACUAUGAUAAGACUCGACAUGAAGAAUUUAAAAAAUAUGAAAUGAUGAAGGAACAUGAAAGAAGAGAAUAUUUAAAAACACUGAAUGAAGAAAAGAGAAAAGAAGAAGAAUCUAAAUUUGAAGAAAUGAGGAAAAAGCAUGAAAAUCAUCCCAAAGUUAAUCAUCCGGGAAGCAAAGAUCAACUAAAAGAGGUAUGGGAAGAGACUGAUGGAUUGGAUCCUAAUGACUUUGACCCCAAGACAUUUUUCAAAUUACAUGAUGUCAAUAAUGAUGGCUUCCUGGAUGAACAAGAAUUAGAAGCCCUAUUUACUAAAGAGUUGGAGAAAGUAUAUGACCCCAAAAAUGAGGAGGAUGAUAUGGUAGAAAUGGAGGAAGAACGGCUUAGAAUGAGAGAACAUGUAAUGAAUGAGGUUGAUGCUAACAAAGACCGAUUAGUGACUCUAGACGAGUUUUUGAAAGCUACAGAAAAAAAGGAAUUCUUGGAGCCAGAUAGCUGGGAGACACUGGAUCAGCAACAGCUCUUCACAGAGGAAGAACUGAAAGAAUAUGAAAAUCUUAUCUCCUUACAAGAAAGUGAACUUAAGAAAAAGGCAGAUGAACUUCAGAAACAAAAGGAAGAGCUACAGCGUCAGCAUGACCAACUUGAGGCUCAGAAGCUGGAAUACCAUCAGGUUGUACAGCAGAUGGAACAAAAAAAAUUACAACAAGAAUUUCCUCCAUCAGGGCCUGGUGGAGAAUUGAAGUUCCAGCCACGUAUGUAA